GACUCGAGCGGCGACUGUCAGCGCUGACAACUUUGGAACGACAACAACAACGAAAAUGUUGCGAUUUAGAGCCGUUUCCCGUAUUAAUACCAAUGACAAACUAUUUAAUAACGGACAUAGAUACAAACAGAUAUUCGGUUGCAGAGGAAUCCAGGUCUCACAGGCCUUGUACAGUACAUCUGUUGGGAACGACUUCAUCCAUGAAAGCAUUGUUCCAUCCGACCACUUCCAGAAGAGCCUUCCACACCUGCCGAUCCCCAAGAUUGAGAAUACGUUGACGAGGUACCUCAACUCCCAAUCCACCCUGCUUGGAGAGGAGCAGUUCAACUACACGAAGAAAUGUGCAGAAGCAUUUGCCUAUCGCGAUGGAAGUGCUCUACAUGAUGAUCUGGUAGCCAGGGAUAAACUGAAUAAGCAGACCAGUUAUGUCACAGAGCCAUGGUUUGACAUGUACCUGCGGGAUCGGAAGCCUGUAUCUCUCACCCACAACCCCUUCAUCACCUUCACAGAUGACCCAAACCCAAAAUACAUGGACCAGUUGCUACGAGCAACAAACAUGGUGAUGUCAUCACUGCGGUUUAUGAAGACAUUCCGAGCCAAUCUCCUUGAACCAGAUGUUUUCCAUCUCAACCCAAAAAAGAGUGACACGCUACAAUUCAGGAAAUUUGUCAGGCGACUGCCCAAAUCUGUUUCAUUCUACGGAGCAUACUGGUACAAGGCUUUCCCACUGGACAUGAGUCAGUACGCAAACCUCUUCAACUCCACCAGAAUUCCAAGACACAAUAAAGAUGAGUUAGUGGUUGAUGAGACAGCCAAGCACCUGUUGGUUAUGCGCAAGGGUCAUAUGUAUCUGUUCGAUGCCAUCGACAGAGAUGGUAACAUUGUUUCACCUGACGUUGUAAUGGCCCACAUCAAGUACAUUCUUGAUGAUCCUCGACCCCAGAACGAUAAUGCCAUAGGGGUACUGACGACCCUCAACAGGGACAAGUGGGCCACUGUCCGGACACAGCUGUGUAAUGCAGGUGAAAUGAACGAAUCUGCUUUCUUUUCGAAAGGCGUGUACAAUGAUGGGUACAUGAAGUUGGUUGACUCCGCCCUGUUCGUGCUUGUACUAGACGAUGAUGCACCUGCGGACCCUAAUGCAAUUACCCGCAACUUCCUUCAUGGCGAUGGCACAAAUAGGUGGUUUGAUAAGAGUUUCUCCCUGAUCAUCACAAAGGACGCGAAGACUGCUGUGAACUUUGAGCACUCAUGGGGUGAUGGUGUGGCUGUGUUGCGAUACUUUAAUGAAGUGUGGAAGGAGACAACUACCAAGCCCUUUGUCCAUCCCGACACCGUCCCUGCAAAUGUUCAUUCAGACAGGAUCGUGCAGAAACUGGAGUUUGCCUUGGAUCCAAAACUGAAGGAGUACAUCUCCGAUGCUCGAAGCAGCUACGCAGAGCGAUGUGCCUCACUUGAUGUUGACCAUCUUGAAUACUAUAAAUUCAACAAACAAUACCUCAAAGACAAGAAACUCAGCCCCGACUCUGUCCUACAGUUUGCAAUACAGUUGGCAUACUAUAAACAGUUUGGGAAGACAGUACCCACAUACGAAUCCUGCAGCACAGCAGCCUUCAAGAAGGGGAGAACGGAAACCAUCCGGUCAGCCACUAAAGAGACGAAGCGAGCCUGUGCCAUGGUGGAGUCUGGAGAAAUCAUGCACUCGGUCCAGGAUCUGACUCUCGCUCUUCAAGAAUGCUCUACCAUUCAUUCAAAAUUGACCAAGGAGGCCGCCAUGGGUCAGGGCUGGGACCGGCACCUGUUUGCCAUGAAGUACUAUGCAGAGCAGGCCGGUACCCCUCUCCCAGAGCUGUACAAGGACCCAGCCUAUAACUAUAUCAAUCAGAUCACACUAUCCACCUCUACACUGACCAGUCCUGCUGUGGUCAUCGGGGGAUUUGGGGCUGUCACACCCAAUGGAUAUGGUGUUGGUUAUGCAGUGGAAAACGAGAGAAUUGGUUUCAACGUCACAAACUACCCUCCGGAGACGAAUGUUCACGAGUUUGUCAAUUGUCUGCGAGAGAGUUUAGAUGAUGUAUACUCCAUUCUUGAGGGGAAACACCCUCGAUCAUAACGUCGCUUUACAGUUCUAAAGGAAAAUAUUUAUCAUAUAUAGGUCAAAUACCAUAUCUUAGGUACCUAGGGUGGAAUAUUUCUUUAAUUUGCACAAUAUUGUUAUUAUUCUAGCCUGUGAAGUGUGGCUUUCUAUGAAUUAUUGAUGAAAGUUGUUAUUUCUGCAUAAAUUGGAUAAAAGUGUGACAUGCCAAUUAAUAAAACAAUAAAUAGAUAAAAACAAUUCUAGAAGUACACUUAAUAGAAUCAUUUUGUUCAAAUCUAACACUAUGCUGAUGUGCAGGAUAGAUCCUAUAUCACUUUGCUGAAAGUAUAACAUCUAGAACUAGAGAAAAUGUGGCUCCAUUAUUUAAAAGGUUCUUUGUUUUUUGUUUCUUUUGUGAACUUUGUUUUAUUUUGAAUAAAUCAAUGCCUGUUGUUAUUUAUUUUUAGUGCACUCAGCUUGUUCAAUGUAAGUUUUAUGUAAUUAUGCUUUACAUGAAACAUGUUUGUUCAAAUUGAAACUUAAAAAACAACACUCUAUUUGCACACGUAUAAAUGAAAUUGUUUGCAAUUCUUUUGCUCUUCUCAAAUUAGGCUCCUUUCAUAUCACUUCAACUUGUAUAAUAGAUUUAAAAAAUAUCCUCAUUAUUUAGUCUAAAAAUCAAUGUUAACAUGAGGACAUUUUUUAUAGUUUUGAAGUUAUUUAUUUACAUGUUUAAUAGACGAAUUAGACCAUUUAUAAAGUAUUUACUUUCCAAAGAUGAUGCUUGUAAAAUGGAAAAGUGAAAGCAAGGUGAAGGAACAUAGGUUGUCUUUAAUUAGAAGUGUUUAUAGAAAUUAAAUGUAUGAAACA